UUCUCUUCUUCCGUCCCACAUUUAUAUGACAGAGAGAAAGAGUAUGUGUGUGUGACUGUGUGAGAGAGAAAGAGAGGAGAGGGAAGGUCGAGAAAGAGAGACAGAUAGAUAUAUAGAGAGAGAAAGGAGAGAGAGAGGAAAUGGAAUACAAGUGUUACACGAAAGGGUGAUGAAGCAGAGGACUCUCACUCUCUGUUUCACCAUUCGCGGCACCGACGAGGAGGAGGAAAAACUCUGAUGUUGUUUUCCAAUUCCGGCUUCUUUCUUGACUUGAUCUGCACCUUCAACAAACCAAAAUAACCGCAGCAGAAGCGGUUUCCGGAUGGCGAAAACGGCGGUUUUCGACGGAGAUCCGCCGAUGGUCGUCGCCAAGGCGACGGAGUUAAAGAAGGAGUUGCAGAGACUUGUUCGCGCCAUCGUCGAUGACGAUGAUUUCAGCGCCGAUUCCGUUGAUCGAGCCACUCAUGCACUUUCCUUGUUGAAGGAAAUGAAGUCGAAGAAACCGGUGGAUCUGAAACUUCAGGAAUCACUUUCAUGUCCAGAAGAAUUUCGUUGCCCUAUCUCCAGAGAACUCAUGAGAGAUCCUGUCAUUCUUUCCACCGGUCAGACGUAUGAUAGAGCCUUCAUACAGAGAUGGCUAAAAGCAGGACACAGAACCUGUCCCAAAACUCAACAGGUCUUAUCGCACACAAUCCUUACACCCAAUGUUUUGAUACGCGAUAUGAUUUCACAAUGGUGCAAUAGCCAUGGGAUGAAAAUUCCGCACCCUGUUUAUGAUCCAAAUGAGGAUGGCUUGACCGAUGCAGACAGGGAACACUUUGUAGCUCUACUCGACAAGAUGUCAGCAUCAUUACCGGAUCAGAAGGAUGCGGCCAGGCAGCUCAGGUCACUAACAAAGAGGAUGCCUUCAUUUCGUGCUCUAUUCGGGGAGUCCACAAGUGCGAUAGGUCAACUGCUAAGCCCGCUCUCUAAAAGCAAGUCAUUUAACGAUAUUCAACCCGAUCUCCAGGAGGAUUUGAUCACAACCCUCCUAAACCUGUCAAUCCACGACAACAACAAGAAGUGUGUGGCGGAGAUGCCUACGGUGAUUCCCCUUCUAAUGGACGCUUUAAAAUGCGGUACAAUAGAAACAAAAAGCAACGCGGCUGCAGCCCUCUUCACGCUGUCUGCCUUAGACUCAAACAAGGCACUGAUAGGAAAGUCGGGUGCCCUGAAACCGCUGAUAGAGCUGUUAGAGGAUGGGCACCCUCUAGCCAUGAAGGACGUUGCUUCGGCUAUUUUUAAUCUGUGCAUACUGCACGAUAACAAGGUGAGGGCGGUUAGGGACGGGGGCGUGAGAGUGAUACUGAAGAAGAUAAUGAGCAGGAUACAAGUUGACGAGUUGUUGGCCAUAUUGGCAAUGCUUUCUAGCAGUCCAAAGGCUGUGGAGGAGAUUAUAGAAUCGGACGGGGUUCCUUGCUUGCUGAAGAUAAUAAGGGAGAAUCCUUGCGACAGGAGCAAGGAGAACUGCAUUGCUAUCCUGCACACGAUAUGUUUCAGCGACAGGACUAAAUGGAAGGAGAUGAGGGAAGAGGAGAGCAGUUAUGGGACGAUAUCGCAACUUGCUAGAGAUGGGAGCUCGAGGGCUAAGAGGAAAGCGGGUAACAUUCUGGACAGACUGAACAGGGCGGUUAUCAAUUUCACACACACUGCGUGAUGAAUGAAUGGGCGGUCUGGCAGGCAUCUUCCAAUUGUAAAUUCUCUGCUGUGGGCAAAUCUCUUGUAAAUUCCCGGGGUGGUAAGGAAGAAGGAAAAUGGAGCAUGCCAAAAGAUGGUUAAUGAGGUAAAAUAUAUAUAUAAAUAUUACUGUGAAUAAUUUAGGAGCAUGCAAAAGUCGGUUUGUUUGUUUGUUUGUUUCAUGUUUGGUUGGUUGGUUUACAUAUGAUAUGAUUUUCUUUCCAUUCAUCCUUCCUUUGUACUAUUAUUAAUAUUCAUAUUGCUUGGUCAAAAGCAAUCA